AUGAAAGCUGUGCCAGUACUUGAUGAUGAUCUAUAUCAAAAUUUAUCAUUCUAUCGUGAUGUUCAUAAACCGACACAAAUAGGUCUUGAUACAGGGUGGUAAAUAAUAUUAUUCCAGGGGGGUAACAGUAUGAUCUCGAAUCGGAGAUAUCAUGAAUUUUAUACCAAAUGAAAGCCCGUGAAAAAUGGGGUUUAGUGA